CAAAUACCCGGAAGUUGAUUUUCUUUUCUCAAAGGCUGCUGGGAGAUUUUUCAAAGCGGCAGCAUGAGGCUAACAGUGAGCCUGAAGACCUGAGGAGGAAGUGAAGUUAAAGCUGCCUUCAUCCUUUCAGUCAUGGAGGACAUCGGCGCGGUGAUGUCCUGGUUUUCCAGCCCUGUGUACAGCCGCUACUGGCAGCACUACCAGCAGGCCAUGGCCUGGCACCAGAGACACCGGCGCGCCUACAGGAAGGCCCUGGAGGCGGCUUACGGCCCCGCCCACCAGCGUGAGGGACGUGCCGGCAGCCAGCGGCGCUACGCUGACUGGCAGGCCGCCGAGAGCAGCGGCAGCGACGACGGAGAGCGCGGAGAGGACGAAAGCAGCUCGGACAGCGAGAUCGAGUGCGACGUCAGCAACAUGGAGAUCAGCGAGGAGCUGCGGCAGUACUUCGCCCAUACGGAGAGGCACAGGGAGGAGCUGAAGAGGCAGCAGCAGAUGGAGGCGGAGCAGCAGGACAGCUACGUGCCGGCCGACCAGGACCUGCACGGCGGCUCCUGCCGCGGCAGCGCCGCUGCUCCCUCGGAGCGGCCGGGCGAGAGGCGAGCCGCCGAGAUGAAGAAGCUCUACGGCAAAGACGCGGCCAAGAUCCUGGCCAUGGAGGCGGCCAUGCAGCUGACGUUUGACAGGAACCGUGAUCUGAAGCAGCCCAAAUACUGGCCCGUCAUCCCGCUGAAGCUCUGAUCCCACCGCCUGGGAGUCAGACGCCUGGUCCUCUGAUGGUCACGACUUAUUAAAACUCCUAGAAAGUCACGCUUCAGCUCAACCAGAGGUGGACGCCCAGAUCCAUCAGCUGCUGCUCGGGUUUGAACACCUGGUUCUGAGACGUAGAUCUUCCCACCUCCUGCAGACGUACUGAACUUUAGCCCCGCUGCUGCAGCUGAUGGGAAUAUAUUCAAACAGCAUGUGUCAGUGUGUCUGCUCCUGAUCCGUUUGGGUUUAGCCUCUGGCUCGCUGAUGCUUCCCGCUGCAGCAGCUCCUGUUUGGCCUGUCGGCUGCGACUGAGCUGGAAACAGAAGCGUCUCUGCAUGGCUGCUUCUCCUGCUUCAGCCCAGGUUUCCCUCUGAGUCACAGCUCCAGCUAACAUUUCUUUAUGUUCAGUAUCAGCCACGUGUCUCCUGAGGAGGAAUCACCUUUAUUUUAUGCUGUUUGUGUGUUUUAACACAUAUUUAGUUAAUAAUAAAGUGUUUUUUUUGUCUUACU